UAUAACCCUUCCUUAGAAAUACUUCCUGGAAAGGAGGAUACGAACCCGGCCCUAGAAGGGUGGCCUAGAAAUUUUCUUAAGAGAAAUUCGUCUCAAAAUAUUCAAGAACUGAUUUUCAAACACAUUCAACCUAAAUAAAAAAUAAAAAUAAAAUAAAAAGACUACAUGCGGUCCGAUGGUAAAGCAUGUUUCCUAUGUUAAUUAGUGGAAUAAAUCUGAAAAUGGUAACCAGCGCGUAACCGGAAAAUGACCGGAGGUGAUAGAAGAGGUGCUCGGAGUAGAAUCAAGUCCAAUGAAGACGAUUCUAUCGGAAAGAUUAAACCGAACUUGAAGCUCUGCCGGGGGAGGAGUAGAGCUGACGGUAGCGCACUUCAAAUUCUCACCGCCAAUCUCAAAGUCGUGCUAGGUUUCAGCAUUUUAGCGUUCUUAAUCAUCUUCUUCACCAUCCAACAUCUGAUGAAUCAAGCGGAAGAAGUUCAGACGGCUAGGGUUGUCACUCCGUUUCCUGCUCCCAAAAUCAUGGACCUGCCUCAGUUUCAAGGCGAGCACAAAGAGAGCAUGUACUGGGUACUAACCUCCAGGUAUCCAGCAUUUGGCCUAACUAAUUGGGAAUCGACCCGCGUCAGACUGCAUAAGGGCAGCAUGUACUGGGGAAUCUAUCGUCCUUAUGUUUAUUUUGGAAUCCGCUCAAGGACUCCUCGCUCUUUAAUUGCUGGAUUGAUGUGGAUUGCAAGAUAUGGGUGGACACAGCAUAAUGGACGUGAUUUUGGACAUCAACUGCUGGUUGACCAGGACAUGACCCUGGAAACAAGUUUCUUGAAAUCUAAAGGGGAUGGCAGUGGCUAUGGAGGUGAUUGGGCAGUAAGGAUUGAUGUGCAAAACAUAGUCAAUGUCUUGAAGAAAAAUAAAUUCACAGCCAAUGAAAGCAAUGAAAUCACUUCCUUCCUAGAACAGGCUUCUGUUCGCCUUGAAGCUCUGUCUUCUGGUUUGGAUGAUUAUCCCCAUGCAUCACAGCCCAGUGAAGAUGAACGUCACUUGGAUCUUAGAUGCUGGAUCCUUCUUGCAGCUGAUUGCAUGGGUUCCAUUGGGAAGUUAUUUGAGAUGGAAAAGACAUCUGCAGAGGAAAUAAUCAUCCAAGGAGAGAGCUCAUCCAGGAAGUAUCAGAGACCAGAGCCGAAACUGGUUCCUCAUAUUGGAUAUGUCAGCCUUUUCCCCUUCAUGGCAAGAAUUAUUCCACCUGAAUCCUGGAUUCUGGGAAAGCAGCUUGACCUCAUCUCAAACAAGAGCAUCUUGUGGACAGCUUAUGGACUCCGUUCUCUUUCCAAAACAAGCACGCUGUACAUGAAGCGCAACACUGAGCAUGACCCCCCAUACUGGAGAGAUCCAAUUUGGAUGAACGUGAACUACAUGAUUCUUUCUGCUCUCAAGCAUUGCUCAUUAGUGAAUGGACCAUACAGAGAAAGAGCCAAAACCAUCUAUGAUGGCUUGAGGAGCAAUUUGAUUAGAAACGUGGUUCAGAACUAUUACCAAAAUGUGCUCUGUGGGAACAAUAUGAUCAGAAGCAGGGAAAGGGAAAAGGUGCUCGACUGUUUACUGGCUGGACGUCACCUCUGCUAUUGAUCAUAGCAGAAGCUUAUAGUGAAAGUUAGGACAUUCAAGUUAAUAAUACUUGCCAUGAGAA